AUGUCGAAACCUCAAGAAUUCACCAUCAAAGUGCAGUCAGAAGAUGCAGAAAAGAAGGAAAAGCCCGAGAGUGAUAAGCCCAAUUUCGAGGGUUCAUCGAAACUCUUGAAGGAUUCUAAAGAGGGCGAAGGCGAGGAGUUGUCGGAAGAGGAUCAGCAACUAAAAGAUCAGCUAGAGAUGUUGGGCGAACGGUUGAAGGAAUCGAAUACCGAGCUCUAUCGGUCUGCUCUGGAAACAUUACGAACCCUCAUACGAACAUCUACUUCUUCUAUGACUUCCGUACCUAAACCUCUUAAAUUCCUCCGGCCGCAUUAUCCCGAUCUUCAAGCACUGUACGAAACCUGGGCUCCGUCGGAAGACAAGAGUCUCUUCGCCGAUAUCCUCUCCGUUCUGGCCAUGACCUACUCCGACACACAGCCAAGAGGAACGCUGCGAUACCGCUUGCUAUCCGCUUCUCUGCGACCAGUCGACUCCCCCCUUGCUGAUCCGGGAACAUGGGGACACGAAUAUGUUCGUCAUAUCGCCGCAGAACUAGGGGAGGAAUUCACGGCGCGCGAAGAAGGAGAGCUAGAGACAAAACCCGACGCUGGGAAGGAGAACCAGCCAAAAGACAAGCUUCCAGGGACGAUAGACGAUCUCCGCAACUUGGCGAGGCAGUGUGCUGUGUUCCUGUUGAGCCAUAAUGCCGAACCAGACGCGGUGGAUUUGCUUGAGGAAUUGGAGAUCAUAGAAGACAUCACUGGUCUCGUGGACGAGAACACGUAUGGCCGCGUUUGCCAAUACAUGCUUCGAUGCGUGGAUUUCCUAGUUCCUCCUGAUGACGUCCACUUCCUUCGAACUGCCCACGCGAUCUACGUCAAAUAUUCCAAAUUCCCUGACGCGUUGUCCCUCGCCAUUCGGUUAGGCGAUCCUGACCUGAUCAGAGAGGACUUCGCUGCCCCUGCAAACCCGCUAAUGAAACGCCAACUUGCAUUCCUCAUUGCUCGAGCACAAAUUCCUCUGGAGUGGCUGCAGAUCCCACUAACCGAAGACGAGGCUGAAGAUUCGUUCGAGAGCGAUCUCCAAGACUGUCUUUUCAACGCGAAGCUCAGCGAACACUUCCGCGAUUUCGGUAAGGAACUCGGCGUUGAGGAUGCAAAGAACCUGGAGGAUGUCUAUAAAUCGCACUUGGAGAACACAAGACCAGGAAUUUCCGCGAACAUCGACUCUGCUCGUGGCAACUUGGCAGGAACUUUCGUGAACGCAUUUGUGAAUGCAGGUUUCGGAAAUGAUAAGUUGAUGGUGAUGGCUGAGGAGGGCAACAGUUGGAUCUACAAGAACAAGGACCAUGGCAUGAUGAGCGCCGCGGCAUCGCUAGGCGUGAGCCUGCUGUGGGAUGUCGAUGUUGGUAUCAGUCACAUCGAUAAAUACACCUAUUCCGCCGAAGAGCAUAUCAAAGCUGGAGCCCUCCUCGCCACUGGUCUGCUCAACACCGGCAUCCGGACAGAGGCCGACUACGCUCUCAACCUGCUCUCCGAAUACACCUCAAAUCCCUCCAUCUCUUUGAAGACCAGCUCUAUCAUGGGCCUCGGCCUUGCGUACGUCGGCACGCACCGACAAGAAAUCCUACCUCUCCUCCUUCCGCACAUAGCCGACGACGCAGUAUCGAUGGAGAUUGCCAGUCUUUCCGCGUUGGCGCUUGGGUUUGUGUUUGUUGGCAGUCAGCAUGGAGAGAUCUCGGAAACAAUCCUGCAAACGCUGAUGGAAAAGUUCGAGCGGGCAGACAAAUCCCUAGACGAGAAGUGGGCAAGGUUCAUGGCCUUGGGUCUUGGCCUUCUGUAUCUCGGCUUGCAAGAUGCGUCAGACGCCACCCUCGAAACUCUGAAGGCCAUCGACCACCCAAUAGCCAAAACCGCUCAGAUCUUGGUCGAAGCGUGCUCCUUCGCUGGAACAGGCAACGUUUUGAAGAUUCAAUCCAUGUUGCACCAAUGUGAUGAGCAUAUCGGUGUCUCGACCGCGAAGGACGACAAGGAGGAGAAGGACGAGCCGAAGAAGGAUGACACCUUCCAAGCCUUUGCCGUUCUUGCCAUCUCGUUGAUCGCGAUUGGAGAGGAUAUUGGCGCUGAGAUGUCUCUGCGUCAAUUCAACCACCUGAUGCACUAUGGCGAGCCUGUCAUCCGAAAAGCAGUCCCUCUCGCUAUCGGCCUCGUCAGCACAUCCAACCCUCAAUUACCCAUCCUCGACACACUCUCCAAGUACAGCCACGACAAUGACCUGUCAGUGGCGAUCAACGCGAUCUUCGCGAUGGGUCUUGUUGGUGCUGGCACGAAUAACGCCCGUCUGGCUCAGAUGCUGAGGCAGCUAGCUGGAUACUACCAGAAGGAACCCGACUCGCUGUUCAUGGUCCGUAUUGCACAGGGUAUGGUGCAUAUGGGCAAGGGCACGCUCGGUCUUAACCCCUUCUUCUGUGAUCGGAGUAUCAUGAGCCGGCCUGCCGUUGCUGGGUUGCUGGCGACGCUGACUGCAUUUACGGACACCAAAUCCUUUAUUCUUGACAAGUACCACUGGAUGCUAUACUUCCUUACCCCUGCCAUGUAUCCCCGCUUCUUCAUCACCCUCGAUGAGAACCUCAAGAACAAGCCCGUCACGGUGCGUGUCGGACAGGCGAUUGACGUCGUUGGCCAGGCCGGCAAGCCACGGACGAUCUCCGGUUUCCAGACACAUCAGUCACCCGUCCGGCUUGGGACGACAGAGCGUGCGGAGCUAGCAACCGAGGAGUUCAUUCCCUUUAGCCACGUCCUCGAGGGCUUCGUCAUCCUACAGAAGAACGCCGGUUGGGAGACGGAGGACAAGAUGGAGCUAUAG